GACAUGCAACAUUUCAAAGAAGAACGCAAAGCCCUACAUAAAUCUUUGCUCAAAGCUAAGCGACAGGACAGAAAGAGAACAUUUAUCUCUCUUAAGCACGAAAAAGAUACGCUUCUUAGUGAUUAUUACUUUCACAAAGAAUUCAGAUGGGUUUACCCAUAUUGGUUUACUUUUACUGCAUAUGCCAAGCGCCGAUGGAUUGGCCAUUCUUUAGUUGAUAUUCUCUCUUCGGAAUUUAGAUCUAACAAUGAAGAGUUAGUCAUGUCUCGUUGUCAGUCGGGUCUGAUUUCGGUCAAUGGUAAAGCAGUGGAGCCUGACUAUGUGAUUAAGGAUUCAGAUAAAAUAACUCAUAGGGUUCAUAGGCAUGAACUUCCCGUCCUAAGAAUGGGGAUUGAAAUACUUCACGAAGAUGAAAAUAUUCUCGUUAUAAACAAGCCGCCUUCCAUUCCGGUGCAUGCUUGUGGGAAAUACAAUAUAAAUAGUUUAGUACAUAUUUUAGCAAAGGAUUAUGGCAUUAAGAUGCUUCGGUUUUGCAAUAGAUUGGACAGGUGUACUUGUUAUGUCUGCAUUCCACUCCACUUGCUUGUAUAUUGA